AUGCCGUGGUCGAAAAAAUUGUGGGUUGAGAAUAAGUUGGAGAGGGUGAGAGAAGUACAAGUUUCGACUGUGUGUUCGAUUUGUAUGGAGGAGAUUGUGGUUGGUUCGGAAGGGACUUGUAUGCCAUGUUCUCAUCUUUUUCAUGGAGCUUGCAUUCUCAAGUGGCUGGACAAAAGCAGGUCUUUUCCAUUGUGUCGAUUUUCCAUGCCUACUUUGAUGCAUGAAGAGAGAGGUGUGAAGAGAUGA